AUGGCACUGUGGAUCUAUUUAAUAGUACUUUAGGGUAGGUGCCAUAUAACAUCGAGUCUGACAUCAAAAGAUGCUUAAUGGUCUACAAGAAGAUUAUGGGUACUUGCCCUGCCUAUAUAAACGAACUGUUAGAACUAAACAAACAGCCAGCACAGCAGAAAUACACGAGGUGCUAAUUUAACAAUUUUACCUUGAAGAUACAUUAGAGAGAAAGAGGAAGGCCGCACGUUUUCUGCAACAACCUCAAGAUGUUGGAAUCACCUCCCCCUUAAGCUACGCGCUUCUCAAUCUGUAAAUACUUUGAAGAAUGCUUUGUAUAAACAUUUUAAAUUAAGUCAGCUUAGGGAUAAUAUUUUUACUCCUUUUUUAGAUAUUUUAUUCUUGGAUCGCAUGAUAUGA